UUGAGACAGCUCUAAUUAAAUAUAGCAUGGAUGGCUCUCUCCGGUCCGUGCCUCCAAAAUGACAAAGAAAAGAAGGAGCAAUGGUCGUGCCAAAAAGGGCCGCGGCCACGUGCAGCCUAUUCGCUGCACUAACUGUGCCCGAUGCGUGCCCAAGGACAAGGCCAUUAAGAAAUUCGUCAUUCGAAACAUAGUGGAGGCCGCAGCAGUCAGGGACAUUUCUGAAGCGAGCGUCUUCGAUGCCUAUGUGCUUCCCAAGCUGUAUGUGAAGCUACAUUACUGUGUGAGUUGUGCAAUUCACAGCAAAGUAGUCAGGAAUCGAUCUCGUGAAGCCCGCAAGGACCGAACAGCCCCACCCCGAUUUAGACCUGCGGGUGCUGCCCCACGUCCCCCACCAAAGCCCAUGUAAGGAGCUGAGUUCUUAAAGACUGAAGACAGACUAUUCUCUGGAGAAAAAUAAAAUGGAAAUUGUACUUAAAAAAAAA